CGGAAUAUAACAUGUACAUAGCGUGCUUUUUAAACAAGAAAUAAUUGAAUAAGAAUUUGAUAACUGUUUAUUCAAUACUCCUAUAAAUUACUAUUUUAUAAGUUUUUUUAAAAAACAGAUCACUAUUUACAUGUAAUAGCGUGUUAAUGACUUUCUGUUAUAAGUAAAUUUUGACAUUUAUGUGAACGUUUUUAUUAUAUUGAUUGUGAGUUAACCUUUUAAAAUGCGGCGUAAAAGUGAACGAAAUAAGGCGCGGUCUCCCGAGAAAAAACCCGAAAAAUCUAGCCGCAGAACUAGACGUAGGAGAGGCUCUCCUGAAACCGACGAAGAACAUGGAAGUGAUAAUGAGACACUGCAAAAUGUUAAGACGCAGCCAGAAGUAGUAUCAAAGAAUCCUUCUACCGACAGUAAAGAUUCUGUCAGUAAUUCAGACGGGGAAUCUAAGGGGCAAUCAGUUUGGCAAGUAAAAUCCGCUGAUGCUCCCGCGGAUUCUGAAGUAACUGUAGAACUUAAGACAGAACUAAAAGAUGAAGCUUCUGAAGAACCACAGACUGUUGAAGAUAAACCAGUAAUUAAAGUCGAAGAGGCAAUACAUGUCCAAGAAGGUACCAAAAAUGAUGAAACAAUUAAGGAUGAAAUACAUACGACCGAAGCAAAUGAAACACUUGAGAGCUGUUCAAAGGAUCCUGAAAUUUCAGAAAUAAAAUCAGAAAUACAAGAGAACUCUGAGGUUGAUAAACUUUCUAAAAACUCUUUAUCCAAGAGUUCUCCACAAGAUUCUGAUGCCAUUCAGGAAAAUCUAGUGCCUGAAGCAGUAAAACCUGAAAUUCAUGAGGCAAAACCUAUAAUUGAAGAUGUAGUACCACAAGCUACUCAGGAAAAUGCUACUGCUCAGGUUAUAGAGUCGGAACAUGUUCAAGAAAACGUUGCAUCUCAAGAUAAUAAGCCAGAGCUUGUUCAGGAAAACAAUGUGACUCAACAUAUAGAGCCAGGAGAAAUUGUUGAGCAUAGUAAUACAAUAACAAAUAAUAAAGUGAGUUCUUCAGAAAAUAAAGAAAUAAUGCAACAAACUGAAUCAUCGUCCAGUUUAAAUGAUUCAGAAAAGGUUACAAGAAAACGGAAAUGGGGCAGCAAAAAUUCUGCCACAUCUGAGAAGAAAGAAAAAAGACCUAGAACUAAUUCCAAGUCUGAAGAAAGGAGAGAAAAAUUAUUAGAAGAUAAAUUAGAUAUGACAGCUAUGGAUUAUGAAGCUGAUGAUCCGCCAUCAGAUAAGAAUCUGAACAUGGAGAAAGAGAAGAUAAGAAAAGAAGUAGGUCACGAAAAUCUGAAUCAGAUAGAAAUGAAAAAUCUGAUUCUGACAGAAAUCAAUAAUGCUGCGUGCACCAACAACGCGCCUCCAAUGAAGAUAUUCCGUAGCCGAAGAGUUCUUCUCAGUGAUGGUACUGAAAGAGAUGCAGGCAUUGUGGUUGAUUCCUCCGGAAGAAUAAAAAGUGUAAUUUCAGGAGAAGAAGUGGAAAGGAUAGCUAACGAAACUAAAGUUGAGGUGUUGGACUACGGUCAAUUUUCAAUAUGGCCAGGUGUGAUAGACUCUCAUGUGCACGUCAACGAACCAGGAAGAGAAUCCUGGGAAGGAUACACCACAGCUACUAAAGCAGCAGCUUGGGGCGGGAUUACCACAAUAGUAGACAUGCCUUUGAAUUCCAUCCCACCUACAACUACUGUAGAGAAUUUGAGAACAAAAGUGAAUUCAGCCUGUGGUAAAACGCAUGUUGAUGUCGCUUUCUGGGGAGGCGUGAUUCCUGGCAAUGCGCACGAAUUGUUGCCACUUAUCAACGCCGGAGUAAGAGGAUUCAAAUGUUUUACAAGUGAAAGUGGUGUCGAUGAGUUUCCACAGGUUACUAAAAAUGAUCUGGAAAUGGCUCUAAAAGAGCUCCAGAAAGCAAAUUCCGUACUUCUGUACCAUGCCGAAUUACCCGCUCCUCAAGAAAAUGUUACAAGCAAUGAAACUGAAAAGUACAUGACUUACCUGAAAACACGACCUCCAAGUAUGGAAGUAAAUGCUAUUGAUAUGAUUAUAGACCUCACAAAAAAAUAUAAAGUUAGGUCUCACAUAGUGCAUCUAUCAGCAGCAGGUGCUUUACCGCAAUUGAAAAAAGCGCGCUCAGAGAACGUUCCACUUUCGAUUGAAACUUGUCAUCAUUACUUAACCUUUGCUGCUGAAGAUGUUCCAGAUGGACAUACUGAAUACAAAUGCGCUCCACCAAUUAGAGAAGAAAGUAAUCAAGAAAAAUUAUGGCAAGCUUUGGAAAACAGAGAUAUUGAUAUGGUAGUCAGUGAUCAUUCUCCAUCACCUGCUGCACUGAAAGGCCUGUGCAAUGGUUGUCAUCCUGAUUUCCUAAAAGCUUGGGGUGGAAUUGCUGGUAUGCAGUUUGGAUUAUCUUUAUUAUGGACCGGUGCUUCUAAAAGAGGCUUUAAAGCUCAUGAUGUAUCUCGUUUAUUAUCUGCGGGACCUGCGAAAUUAACUGGACUGGAUGGCAUAAAAGGACAAAUCAAAGAAGGCUUGGAUGCUGAUUUAGUAAUUUGGGAUCCUGAGGAAGAAUUUAAGGUCACUAAAGACAUAAUCCAACACAAGAAUAAAGAAACACCAUACUUAGGAAUGACGUUGAAGGGCAAAGUUCAUGCAACUGUUGUACGAGGAGACUUUGUUUACCGUUUCCAGAACAAUAACGUUACUAAAUAUUUUGCCUAUCAUUAUUAUCAAAUUAAACGUGUCCUUAAUUUCAUAAUUUACAAUCAAAUACAUGUUGAAAUACGCGCGCAAAUUCUACCGUACUUUCUUACUUUGGCACCACUGCAAUCGUCCAUUUUGUUUUUAACAAGCCGAGCGGAAUAUAACAUUGAACGAAAUAAGGCGCGGUCUCCCGAGAAAAAACCCGAAAAAUCUAGCCGCAGAACUAGACGUAGGAGAGGCUCUCCUGAAACCGACGAAGAACAUGGAAGUGAUAAUGAGACACUGCAAAAUGUUAAGACGCAGCCAGAAGUAGUGUCGAAGAAUCCUUCUACCGACAGUAAAGAUUCUGUCAGUGAGAUUCAAAAACUAAAGAUAUGCUUACAAAGACCGUCCUCUAGUGAACGAAGUCCUAGGAAGCAUCAUGGAUCAAGUCAGGAAUCAGCAGAUUCCAGUGAAGAUAUAAGAAAAAAGCGUUCGAAAAAACAUUCUCAUUCUAAAGAUGAAUGUAGUGAUAAUAAAGUUGAAAAACAAGCUGAUCAAACAGUUGAUCCCGAUGCUAAUAAUUCUGAACCAAAAGAAUCUGCAGUUGUAAAAGAUGAAGUCACAGAAAAUAUUAAAGUAGAGGAAAUUUCUAAUAAUAAAGAAGGUGAUAAUAAUGAUAUUUCUAAUAAAGAUGAGGUUAAAAAUGAAGAAGUAACUGUAGAACUUAAGACAGAACUAAAAGAUGAAGCUUCUGAAGAACCACAGACUGUUGAAGAUAAACCAGUAAUUAAAGUCGAAGAGGCAAUACAUGUCCAAGAAGGUACCAAAAAUGAUGAAACAAUUAAGGAUGAAACAAAAACGACCGAAGCAAAUGAAACACUUGAGAGCUGUUCAAAGGAUCCUGAAGUUACAGAAAUAAAAUCAGAAAUACAAGAGAACUCUGAGGUUGAUAAACUUUCUGAAAACUCUUUAUCCAAGAGUUCUCCACAAACAACAAGUAAUGAUCCUGAUUCCAUUCAGGAAAAUCUAGUGCCUGGAGCAGUAAAACCUGAAAUUUAUGAGGAAAAACCUAUAAUUGAAGAUGUAGUACCACAAGCUACUCAGGAAAAUGCUACUGCUCAGGUUAUAGAGUCAGAACAUGUUCAAGAAAACGUUACAUCUCAAGAUGAUAAGCCAGAGCUUGUUCAGGAAAACAAUGUGACUCAACAUAUAGAGCCAGGAGAAAUUGUUGAGCAUAGUAAUACAAUAACAAAUAAUAAAGUGAGUGCUUCAGAAAAUAAAGAAAUAAUGCAACAAACUGAAUCAUCGUCCAGUUUAAAUGAUUCAGAAAAGGUUACAAGAAAACGGAAAUGGGGCAGCAAAAAUUCUGCCACAUCUGAGAAGAAGUCUGCGAUAGCGAUCUCUACAGAUUCUUUGAAAAAUCUAAUAUCUGAUGUAAAACCUUUGCCACUUAAUGAAGUUCUUUUGGAAGAAAAGAACCAAAAAAUAGCGGUUGAGGAAACUAGAAAAAAUAGGACUGAUUCAAAAUCCGUAGAAAAAAGACCUAGAACUAAUUCCAAGUCUGAAGAAAGGAGAGAAAAAUUAUUAGAAGAUAAAUUAGAUAUGACAGCUAUGGAUUAUGAAGCUGAUGAUCCGCCAUCAGAUAAAGAAUCUGAACAUGGAGAAAGAGAAGAUAAGAAAAGAAGUAGGUCACGAAAAUCUGAAUCAGAUAGAAAUGAAAAAUCUGAUUCUGACAGAAAUCAAGUAAGGUCUAGAAGAAGAAUUUCCAUUAAUGAGAAUGUUCCAGAAAAGAAAGCUAAACAGAAUUCAACUCAGAAACCUAGUGAAAUACUGUAUAUUACAAAUCUUGUGAGGCCAUUUACAGUUUUACAAUUGAAAGGACUACUUGCAAGGACGGGGAAAUUAAUAGAAAAUGGUUUCUGGAUUGAUAAUAUUAAAUCAAGAUGUUUUGUUCGAUAUGAAAAUGAAGAUCAAGCAGUUGAAACACGUCAUGCAUUGCAUGGUACAAGGUGGCCUGCAUCAAAUCCAAAAUUAUUGCAAGUAGAGUUUUCUACAAGUGAAGAAAUGGAAAAAUGUUUGAGUUCAUUACCUCCUCCGCCACCAAGUGAUAAUAUAAGAAGGACUAUAGAUAGUGAUAAAGUUGCAAUGGCAUGGCUAACAGAACAGAAUUUUAAAGAUGAAAGAACUAGGGAUAGGGAUGCAUUAAGGGAUAGGAAGCAGGCAGUGCGAGAAUGGGAUUUAGGUAAGCAUGAUCUCGACUCGACUGACAAUUCAGAGAAAUUUUCCAGAGAUGUUCCAGUAGAAUAUCCCAAAGAAGCAGUCGGAAGAGAUAGGAAGGAUGAUAGAUUUGAUAAUAGAGAUAAGAGGCGCAGCAGGAGUAGAUCUCCAGUUCGUAGGUUUAAAAGAAAAGAGGAUGAAGCACCAGCAAAGAGGUUGGAUGAUCUUUUUAAGAAGACUAAAGUUACUCCUUGUAUAUAUUGGCUUCCUUUGACUCCUGAGCAGAUUGCUGUGAAGGAGGAAAUGCGUCGACAGCAUAUGGCUGAACAUGAAAGACGCAAAGAGGAAAUUCGUAAACAAGAAAGAGAAAGAGAGAAAGAAAGACAAUCACGAAGGGAUAACCGUAGAAAUAGCUCAUCGAGAGAUAGAAAUAGACGUAACAGUAGCAGAAGUAGAGAUAGAAAUAAUCAUUAAUAACUUGUUGAGAAGAACAAUCAAGUUUUUCAAGCCUUCACAUAAUGAAAGUGCUAUUUAGUUUAUUUGGAAACCAAAAAAGGGGUUGAAAUAUUGAUCCAUUACUCACUUAGACUGCGUUGAGGUACUAGGUGGAAUUCUAUAUAUAUAUAACAUUAUGUAUUUUUCAGAAUAUUCUUCUAACAGCCGACUCAAGAAAAAGGUUUGCAUAUACACAAUAAUUUUCUAGAAUAUUCACUUAUCCAAUGCCCUUUUUUUUAAAUAAUUUUAUACUAAGACUAAUAGUAAAUUCUUGUUAACUUGGAAGCUGAUUAUAUUUUAGAUGUAUUGCUUUUUUAACACUUAGUUUUUAAACUUACUGUUAUUAAUCAAUUGAAAAGUAAUUUAUUUUUCUGAUGAAUUUAAAAAGGUUAUAAAAUACUUGAUUGUAAUUAGGGUUUUCUCAAAAUUAUUCUUAGCUAACGUCUAAUAUUAACAUCGUAUCCCAGAUUUUUUUUUGUUAAAUUGUUGAUUCUAGCAAUGUUUUUAAAAAUUCACCCGCAAGCAGUUCAGGUCGACAAAAUAUGUUUCUUAAGGAUUUUUAAUUGAUUUCAUCAGGAAUUGUUAAUAUAAUUGGGCCAUCGAAAGUCUCGGAUUAGACAUCAGAAUCAUAUAUGCAAUGAUUGUCUUCAGGAAAGAUUACUGUAUGUACAUAAAGCGUGCUUGAUGCUGAUAUAUCGUGACCAGAUAAUGUGCUGUAAAAUGAAGUUGAAUUGUGCAACUUAUUAGAACCAAUUGUUUUUUCAAACAAAAGCAUUAAAAUCAAUCAAAUGUGACAUGGUGCAUUAGUAACUUAAAUUUUAAACAAAUGUUAAGUCGCACAUGUCAUAAGUAUCACAUUUAUUGUGAUUAAACAUUGGAUGUGGAUGAAAUUACAAGAAGUCAUGAUAAAUUGUAAAUGACUUGGUGAAAAUCGAUUAUUUAUCCUACAUAUAAACAUUGGAGAAAGACUAAAUUGUUUUCUGCAAAAAUUAUCUGUGGAAAAGAAUGUGACAAAAUAGUUUUGUUGCUGGUGGAAUUAUGAUGUAAAAACCUGUGGGAUCUUACAAACAUUGCUGUCAAUUGACAUUUUGUAUGAUAUAUAUUUUAUGAUUAUGAAGCCAACAGUGAAAUUGCUGUAUUUUCUAUUUAAUAUGAAUCAUGUGAAAAUUUAUAACCAUCUACAUGUAACACUUCAAAGAAGAACCAAAUAUAAAAAUGGA